AUGACAGUGAUAGCAUAUCUUUUAGAACUGACUGACAUAAAAAGCGUUUUACUUUUUCUUUUAAUUUUCCUUCUGCUGUUGGACUACUUUAAGAAUAAACCACCAAAGAACUUCCCUCCAGGACCCCGGUCAUUGCCCUUCGUUGGGCACUUGAAUCACCUGACUGACUUCAGCAAAGCCCAUCUAGAGUUCGCAAAGUUUGCUGAGAAAUAUGGGCCUGUAUUCAACGUUCGGCUUUUCGGUGCACGACUUGUGGUUGUCAACGGCUACAAAAAAACUAGUAUGGUGUUUGUCUCCAAAGGUAUUCUUGCCUCAAAUGGAUAUAGCUGGAAACAGCAAAGGAGGUUUGCUCUGCACACUCUGAGAAACUUUGGAUUGGGUAAGGCCUUUGACCCUCAAUUGCUUAUUAACAAUACUGUGUCCAACAUCAUCUGUGUGCUGGUGUUUGGAGAACGCUUCGAGAACACUGACAAUGACUUCCAGUCCCUCCUGCAGAACAUCAAUUUACUCGUCAGUCUUGAGGCGGACAUUUGUGCCCAGAUGUACAAUAUGCUCCCAUGGUUGAUGCGCAGAAUUCCCGGCCCACACAGGAAACUAUUGGCCGUUUCGGAUGGCAUUGUCGACUUUGUAAAAGGGAAAGUGAAAGACCAUGCAGACUAUGAUCCCUUAAAUCCCAGAGACUAUAUUGACUGCUUCCUUGCAGAGAUGGAAAAGUGGAAGGAGGACAAAGCAGCAGGCUUCAAUGUGGAGAACUUGUGCCACUGCGCCCUGGACCUGUUUUUAGCUGGAACUGAGACCACAUCAGCCACACUGUACUGGGCACUGCUGUACAUGAUCAAGUAUCCAGAGAUACAGCGAAAGGUGCAGGAGGAGAUUGAUCGAGUGGUGGGAUCGUCAAAGCAGCCUUCUGUGGCCGAUCGGGAGAACAUGCCUUACACAGACGCUGUCAUCCAUGAGAUUCAGAGAUUUGGAGACAUUGUUCCGUUGAAUGUGGCAAGAAGUUCCACCCAAGACACAAAAAUUGGACACUAUGUUAUUCCUAAGGGAACAAUGGUAACAGGGACCCUACAUUCUAUUCUGUUUGACGAGACGGAGUGGGAGACCCCUCACACCUUCAACCCAGGCCACUUCCUGGAUGCAGAGGGGAAGUUCAGGAAGAGGGAGGCCUUCCUGCCGUUCUCCUUGGGUAAAAGAGGGUGCCCAGGAGAGCAGCUGGCUAGAAUGGAGCUGUUCCUGAUCUUCACCUCUCUACUGCAGCGAUUCUCCUUCUCACCACCAGAUGGCGUUGAACCCAGCUUGGAAUCCGAACAUGCAGUCACCCACUGCGCCAAACCCUACCAACUGUGUGCUGUCCCUCGCUAA